GACCCUCCCGAGUGGAAGGUGGAAAUGAGUAGGUGGAAAAGCCCUGCUGGAUUACAUAGAGCUGCACUAGUGGGCAAACUCCUUUUAGAAGCCAGGCUGAACAGAGCGUUUUUUGGCUGGACUCAGAAAAACCCAGGUGUAAGAAAUCAUCUGGAUGCUAACCCCACGGAUGUUGCAUUUCCACCGCUAGCCUCCCGCUUGUCCCUUCAGGAAACCACCCAGCUCUCCCCACUAAGAAGCUUGAAGCUCCGUGGCUAGUCUCUGUGCAAGGUGCUUCUCUGUUAGGAUUCCGCAAAGGAGCCAGACCCAGUACCGGAUGGCUUCUGCAAGAAGUGUUGCUGCAGGUCUGAAGAAAAGUGUAUCGUGUAGCUGAACGGUCCAAUGUGCCGAGGGAAUUCAGACAGAAGUUUGUAUCACGCAGAAGUAAUCGUACCAGCUGGUCAGUUCAAGCGGGGAUUGCAGUCAGGAAGGGAAUGGCCAUCCUUAAGGAGACCAGAGUUGGAGAGUCUCAGACAGAAAAAGGCCUGCCUUGUAAUAACUCUGGCCAGCCUGCUGUUCCUUCUUUCCUUCCUCAUUACCUUGGUGCUCUGCCUUCCUUCUAUCUAUGAGUGAACAUGAUGUGUCUAGUUCUAGUAGACCCUUCCCAGAUUGUGUCUUGAAAGGGCUGUUGAUUUCCUUAACGGACCUCCCGUGCACCUGGUUUGAAAGGCUCAGCAUGCUGGUGAUUCUCCUCAACUGUGUGACGUUGGGCAUGUUCCACCCCUGUGAAGACAUGGCCUGUGAUUCCCCGCGCUGCAGGAUUCUCCAGAGCUUUGAUGACUUCAUCUUUGCCUUCUUCGCUGUGGAGAUGAUAGUCAAGAUGAUUGCACUAGGGAUUUUCGGGAAGAAGUGCUACCUGGGAGAUACAUGGAAUCGCCUGGAUUUUUUCAUUGUCAUAGCCGGCAUGCUGGAAUACUCCCUGGACUUGCAGAAUGUCAGUUUCUCAGCUGUUCGGACUGUCCGAGUACUUCGGCCACUCAGAGCCAUUAACAGAGUUCCCAGUAUGCGCAUCCUGGUCACGCUGCUCUUGGACACACUGCCCAUGCUGGGGAACGUCCUCCUCCUCUGUUUCUUUGUGUUCUUUAUCUUUGGCAUCGUGGGAGUCCAGCUGUGGGCAGGGUUGCUCAGGAACCGCUGCUUCCUACCUGAGAACUUCAGUCUGCCCUACACGGUAGAGUUGGAAAGAUACUAUCAGACAGAGAAUGAGGAUGAAAAUCCCUUCAUCUGCUCCCAGCCUCGGGAGAAUGGAAUGCGUUACUGCCGCAGUAUCCCGACACGGAGGGAAGAAGGCCUGGAGUGCACCCUGGACUUUUACGCCUAUAACGACACCACUAACACCUCCUGCGUCAAUUGGAACCAGUAUUACACCAACUGUUCUGCUGGGGAGCACAACCCCUUCAAAGGAGCAAUCAACUUUGACAACAUCGGAUAUGCAUGGAUCGCAAUAUUUCAGGUCAUCACGCUGGAGGGCUGGGUGGACAUCAUGUACUUCGUCAUGGAUGCUCACUCCUUCUACAAUUUCAUCUACUUCAUCCUUCUGAUCAUCGUGGGCUCCUUCUUCAUGAUCAACCUCUGCCUAGUGGUCAUCGCCACCCAGUUCUCUGAAACUAAGCAGCGAGAGAGCCAGCUGAUGAAAGAGCAGCGGGUCCGCUACCUAUCCAAUGCCAGCACGUUGGCCAGUUUUUCGGAGCCGGGUAGCUGCUAUGAUGAACUUCUCAAAUAUCUGGUUUACGUUGCCCGUAAGGCCAGCAAACAGCUGGUCAAAGGCUAUAGAGAGGCAGGGUUCAAAAUGGGUCUCCUCUCCAGCCCGAGGAAUAAGAGUGGGGCUGAGAGGCAGCCAUGCAGACAUCGGCAGAGGAAAAGGUCAUCAGUGCACCAUCUGAUUCACCACCACCACCACCAUCACCACCACUACCACCUGGGUAAUGGGAACCUGCGGGCACCACGCGCCAGCCCUGAGAUCAGCGAUGUGGAAACCAGCUCACUCCACAAUGGCACCAACAGGCUCAUGCUCCCUCCCACAACAUCUAAUCCCCAUCCUGCCCCUAACGCUGCUGCCAGCAACACAGAGUCCGUGCACAGCAUCUACCAUGCAGAUUGCCACUUUGAGCCCAUCCACUGCAGGUCAUCCCUCCCUCAGCCUGGCUUGAGUUUACCAAGCCCAGAGGGGCUCCCCAAGAAUGUGGUUGGCAGGAAGGUCUAUCCCACCGUACACCCAAGCACCUCCCAUGAGAUGCUGAAAGAGAAAAACGUGGCAGAUUCUACAGUGAACCCCGGGGCCAGCAUGCUAACCAACCUUAAUAUCCCUCCUGGGCCGUACAGCACCAUGCACAAGCUCCUGGAGACCCAGAGUACUGGUGCCUGUCAAAGUUCUUGCAAGAUUUCUAGCCAGUGUGGGAAACUGGACAGUGGUUCCUGCAACCCAGACAGCUGCCCCUACUGCAUCAAGACUCUGGCUCAUGACCUGGAGCUCACGGACAAUGAGACGGCGGACUCGGACAGCGAGGGGGUGUAUGAAUUCACUCAGGACGCCCACUACAGCGACCAGAGGGACCCUCAGCGAGGGAAAACCAGGGGCAGGAAAACCAGCCAAAUCCUGGCUUUCUGGAAAGUGGUUUGUGAGACAUUCCGGAAGAUCGUGGACAGCAAGUACUUUGGCCGGGGAAUCAUGAUUGCCAUUCUGAUCAACACCCUAAGCAUGGGGAUUGAAUACCAUGAGCAGCCUGAGGAACUCACCAAUGCCUUGGAGAUCAGCAAUAUUGUCUUCACAAGCCUCUUUGCCCUGGAGAUGCUGCUGAAAGUCCUCGUGUAUGGUCCAUUUGGCUACAUCAAAAAUCCAUACAACAUCUUUGAUGGGAUCAUUGUCGUGAUCAGCGUCUGGGAGAUAGUGGGACAGCAAGGCGGGGGUCUGUCAGUUCUGCGGACGUUCCGUCUCAUGCGAGUCCUGAAGCUGGUCCGCUUCAUGCCUGCCCUCCAGCGCCAGCUAGUGGUCCUUAUGAAGACCAUGGACAACGUGGCCACCUUCUGCAUGUUACUGAUGCUUUUCAUCUUCAUCUUUAGUAUCCUGGGGAUGCAUCUCUUCGGCUGUAAGUUUGCUUCGGAGCGAGAUGGAGACACCCUGCCAGACAGGAAGAACUUUGACUCCUUGCUGUGGGCCAUCGUCACGGUUUUCCAGAUUCUGACUCAAGAAGACUGGAACAAGGUCCUCUACAAUGGCAUGGCGUCUACCUCUUCCUGGGCUGCUCUCUACUUCAUCGCUCUUAUGACGUUUGGGAAUUACGUUCUCUUUAAUCUAUUGGUGGCCAUCCUGGUGGAAGGUUUCCAGACUGAGGAAAUCACCAAGCGAGAAGACGCGAGUGGGCAGUUAAGCUGUAUUCAGCUGCCUGUCGACUCGGCGGUGAAAGGCAAACUGGGAGCAAAAGAACAGGGAGAUGCUUCUAAGUCUGAUUCUGAGGGGGAUCUUUUCCCUCAUAGCCUGGAAGAAGAGGGUGGACUUAAGAAAAACUUGUCAAACCCAGCCUUGAUGGUACUGAGCGACCUCCCAGAGCUGAAGAAGAGUCUGACCCCGCCUCUGAUCAUCCACACAGCUGCCACCCCAAUGCCAAUGCCAAAAAGUGCCGUGUUCGGAGAGGCAGCUCGGGGCUAUGAAUCUCGCAGGGCCAGCAGUGUCUCUGUGGAUCCCAAUGCCUAUGAACUCAAAUCACCGUCCAGCAUACAGAGCUCCCCGCACAGCCCUUGGAGCGCAACCAGCAGCUGGAAUAGUCGCCGGUCAAGCUGGAAUAGCCUGGGACGGGCUCCCAGCCUGAAACGCCGGAGCCAGAGUGGGGAGCGCAAGUCCCUCUUGUCUGGGAACGGGAAGGAGAGUUCGGAGGAAGGGGAAAGCUCAGACGAGGAAAAGUCCAGCCGGGCUGGGAGUGUUAAUGGCUCUUUACCUCACCGCAUGGCGUCGCUGGAAACUAAAGGCUCGUUCGAUCUCCAAGAUACCUUGCAGGUGCCUUCCCUGUACCGAACCAGCAGCAUGCACAGCAGCCGGACCGCUGCAUCAGAGCAUCAAGACUGCAAUGGGAAAACCUCCCCAGGAGUCUUGUUACAGCAGCUCCAGUUGGAUGACGAUGAUGGUGAUGAUGAAGGCAACCUGAGCAAAAGUGAGCGUAUGAAGGCUUGGAUAAGGGCACACCUACCUUCCUGGUGCAAAGAAAGGGAUUCCUGGUCUAUCUACAUCUUUGCUCCUCACUCUAAAUUCCGUCUGAUGUGCAAUAAAAUCAUCACUCACAAGAUGUUUGAUCACAUCGUCUUGGUUAUUAUUUUCCUGAACUGCAUUACCAUUGCCAUGGAACGGCCAAAAAUUGAGCCCCACAGUGCUGAACGAAUUUUCCUAACACUGUCCAACUACAUCUUCACAGUAAUCUUCCUGGCUGAGAUGACAGUUAAGGUGGUGGCGCUCGGCUUGUGCUUUGGGGAGAAGGCCUACCUGAAGAGCAGUUGGAAUGUGCUCGAUGGGGUGCUGGUUCUCAUCUCGGUCAUUGACAUCCUGGUUUCAAUGGUAUCGGACAGCGGCACUAAAAUUCUUGGAAUGCUGAGGGUCUUGAGGCUGCUGCGAACACUCAGGCCAUUAAGGGUCAUUAGUCGAGCACAAGGACUGAAGCUGGUGGUGGAAACCCUGAUGUCAUCCCUGAAGCCUAUUGGGAACAUUGUGGUCAUCUGUUGCGCUUUCUUCAUCAUCUUUGGAAUCUUGGGAGUCCAGCUUUUCAAAGGGAAGUUUUUUGUCUGCCAAGGGGAGGAUACCAGAAACAUCACAAACAAAUCCGACUGUGCAGAAGCCAGCUACAAAUGGGUCCGGCACAAGUAUAAUUUUGAUAAUCUCGGCCAGGCCCUGAUGUCUCUGUUUGUUCUGGCCUCCAAAGAUGGGUGGGUGGACAUCAUGUAUGAUGGCCUCGAUGCUGUAGGAGUUGACCAGCAGCCAGUUAUGAACUAUAACCCUUGGAUGCUCCUCUACUUCAUCUCCUUCCUGCUGAUUGUGGCCUUCUUCGUCCUGAACAUGUUCGUGGGGGUCGUGGUGGAGAAUUUCCACAAGUGUCGGCAGCACCAGGAGGAGGAAGAAGCCAAGAGACGGGAGGAGAAGAGACUUCGCCGGCUGGAGAAAAAGAGAAGGAGUAAGGAGAAACAGAUGGCUGAUCUAAUGCUGGAUGAUGUAAUAAUGGAGAGCUCAGCCAGUGCAGUGCAAGAAGCACAGUGUAAACCCUACUAUUCCGAUUACUCUCGCUUCCGGCUCCUGAUCCACCAGAUGUGCACGAGCCAUUACCUGGAUUUGUUCAUCACUGGAGUGAUCGGCCUCAAUGUGAUCACCAUGGCUAUGGAGCACUACCAGCAGCCUAAGGUUCUUGAUGAGGCACUGAAGAUUUGCAAUUACAUCUUCACUGUCAUCUUUGUCUUGGAAUCUGUUUUCAAGCUGAUUGCCUUUGGGUUUCGCCGGUUCUUUCAAGACAGAUGGAACCAAUUAGACCUGGCAAUAGUGCUGCUGUCUAUCAUGGGUAUCACUUUGGAAGAGAUUGAGGUGAAUGCGUCGUUGCCCAUUAACCCCACCAUUAUCCGGAUAAUGAGGGUGCUAAGGAUUGCUCGAGUGUUAAAGUUACUGAAGAUGGCUGUAGGGAUGAGAGCCCUGCUGGACACUGUCAUGCAAGCACUGCCUCAGGUGGGGAAUCUCGGUCUUCUCUUCAUGUUGUUGUUUUUCAUAUUUGCAGCUCUUGGAGUGGAGCUAUUUGGCGACCUUGAAUGCGAUGACACUCACCACUGCGAGGGGCUAGGGCGGCACGCCACUUUUAGAAACUUUGGGAUGGCCUUUUUAACUCUCUUCCGGGUCUCAACAGGAGACAAUUGGAAUGGGAUCAUGAAGGACACGUUGCGUGACUGCGACCCGGAGUCCACCUGUUACAACACAGUCAUCUCGCCCAUGUACUUUGUCUCCUUUGUGUUGACGGCCCAGUUCGUCCUGGUGAACGUGGUGAUUGCAGUGCUCAUGAAGCACCUGGAAGAGAGCAACAAGGAAGCCAAAGAGGAAGCAGAGCUGGAAGCGGAGCUGGAGAUGGAAAUGAAAACUAUCACCCCAGGCCCAAUCCCAGCCUCAGACCUCUUUGCAUGGACAGGCGGUAAUGGUGGAGAAAGGCCUGAGAGCCCCAGAGGAUGUACCAAUCCCAUGCAAUUCAAGGUGGAUUCUCAGCUCUCGUUAUUUUAUCCUAUGGAAAGACACUUGUUUGAUACCAUAUCACUGCUGAUCCAGGAAUCUCUGGAAGGAGAGUUGAAGCUGAUGGACAACCUGUCAGGCUCUGUGUGCCAUCAUUAUGCCCUUCCAGCUCCUGAAUAUUACAACUCUGAAAAACAGAUCCCUCUAGCUGAGAUGGAGGCUCUGUCUCUGACGUCAGAUAUUCUCUCUGAAAAGUCCUGGUCCUUAGCUCUGACGGAUGACUCUUUUCCUGAUGAUACUAACACACUCUUACUUAAUGCUCUGGAAAGCAAUACUGAUCACCUCUCCAAAGAUGACACCCUGACACUGUCCCCUAGCAAGGACUUGCUGAGUGUAAGAAAGCCUUCCAUAGGUCGCACCCACUCUUUGCCAAAUGACAGCUACAUGUUCCAGCCUCCGUACGCAGGCUCCUGUGCCAACUCCCAAGCCGAGAAGAACGCAUCUCAUCAGAAAUCACAGUCAGGUUCAACAGCCUCCGUGCAGUCACAGCCUGCUGACACCAGUUCUCUCCUGCAAAUCCCAAAAGAUCAUUUUCACCACAUAAGACCUCAUGGCAGUUUGGACUGGGAAAGCAAAUCCAAGAUCCCCCCAACUGUGCAUUCUCCGUCUGCAGAAAGAUUACUUCGUAGGCAGGUGGCAAUAAGGAAUGACUCCUUGGACAUGUAUUGCUCUGAAAGCAAAGAGAAUUUGCAUGCUGAGGGGAAUGAACUCUCUGAUACAAGUGUGCCAGCUGGAUCCACAGAGGACCCAUCAGAAGCAAGUGAAUCGGCCUGCUGGGGCCGAUCAAGUGUUCGCACUCAGCAUUCCCGCAAUCGGUAUAAUAUAUCCAAGCACACACCAGCUUUGUGUGCAUGUACAGGCUCAUAUCAAGAGACACUUAGAGACUCGAUGGACCAAGAAGUAUCUGAAAUAAACAGCUCUUUGGAGCCUUUCACUUCAGGAACUUGUACAGCCUUGAGUGCCUGUUCAGUGGUUCCACCUCUAACUCCCAAGAGGAACAUAGGCAAUAGCAGCAAUGUUACUUUGAAGGACCUGAAGAAAUACUACAGUGUAGAUACCCAGGGUCUUCUCAGAAAACCAUCAUCUUGGUUAGAUGAUCAAAGGAGACAUUCAAUAGAAAUUUGUUCCAUGCAAAACAGCCCUCAGCACCAUUCCACAUCUAGCUCUUCUGGCUUCAUAAGUCAGGUCUUAAGUGAAAUGGAAGGCUUGCAAGGAGCCCGGCAGAAGAAAAAACUGAGCCCCCCGUGUAUAUCUAUAGAUCCACCAGAUGGACAAAGUUUGUUACCUAGAGGAUCUCGUGGUAUUUCACCUCCCAGUGCAGACAUUUGCUUGCGAAGGCGUGCGCCAUCUUGUGAUUCCAAGGACUCAAUGGAUAUAGGAGAUUCACUGCUUCCAGACAGUAUGUCAACAUCUCCUACCCCAAAGACAGACUUGUUGACACUUCCUAGUUUUUCCUUUGAUCAAGCAGAAAUGGACCCCUGAAUUAUAUUUCUGUUGGUGCCAAAUGUUUUUUCUUCCUUUCAUGUAAUAAAAAAAAUACAAAUUAAAAACAAACAAAAAAACCCUCUGUAUUUUCAAAUGGCACUGGGUAAAUAUUUCCAAAGAAAGUUGAAAGAACCAGCUGGUUAAAGAGUGGUUAACCUAUAUCACGCUUACUUAAGCAUAUGUUCUGCUUAGGUAAAAGCAAUACAUUGUGCAGAAUCUAUAUGUAUAUUAUAUUUU